CGAAUAUUAAUUACAUCGAGUCGUCCACCCUCGCACGCACCCCCACCUGCUUCCCCUUUCCCUCUCCUCGCCGUCCGUCGCCGCGCUCCGUGCGAGCAAUGGAUCCAGUUACUACCCGCCGCCGCAGACGCCUCCCGAUCCACCUCCUGGUGGUGGUCCUCACCGUCCUUCUGGCCCUAUCCGUGCGGUCUGGCGCCGAGGUUAUCACCCUCACCGAGGAGACCUUCUCCGACAAGAUAAAGGAGAAGGACACGGUAUGGUUUGUGCAAUUUUGCGUCCCCUGGUGUAAACACUGCAAGAACCUUGGGACACGUUGGGAGGACCUGGGAAAGGUUAUGGAAGGUGAGGAUGCAAUUGAGGUGGGGCAAGUCGACUGUGGUGUUAGCAAACCAGUAUGCUCGAAGGUGGAUAUUCAUUCCUACCCAACAUUCAAGGUGUUUUAUGAAGGCGAAGAAGUAGCAAAAUAUAAAGGACCUAGGGAUGUGGAAUCACUGAAGAAUUUUGUAUUGAACGAAGCUGAUAAGGCGAAUGAGGUGAAACUUCAAGCUGAUUGAGGCAGAGCUGUAGGCCAGGGCAUUGCGCAUAGACAAGGAACACUGCGGUUGAAACUUUCUGAUCUAUUUGACCUUGUAUUGUACCCUGGCAUUAGAUAUUUGAUAACAUGGUAAUGUGCCAGUUCCAAGAAGAUAUUUUGUACGUUGAGUUUUCCUACUCACGAAGGCCAGCGAGUCCAAAUGUGUUCAUGAAAGUUGUACUCCAUACAAAGGGCUUGCAGUUACACUGGUUGUUAUACUAAACAGGUUGUCGAUCUAUGAUUUCAUCUAGAAAGAAAAGGGUAAGUUCAUUCA